GUACAUUUCCCGCUUCAAGUCUUGGCAAUACAUAGCGACUUAAGUGGUGCAGAUCAAAUCGGACUAAGCCCCGUAGCGUGCCUAGCCAUCAUUCCGACCGGUCCGACCCCUUGAAUAGGAAAUCGUAAACUCAAAAUUCGAAAGGUACAUAUGCGAUGACGAGGGCAUAGGAGGCGGUCCCAUGAGAUACACUAGUUGAUUUUUUGUUAUUGAACGGGUGAGAAUACUUGCGGGGACGUAGGUAUUGCUUGUUCUUAUAUAUCUUGUUAUUAUAUCUAUUAGAUCAACCUGAAAGUUGAGAUUAUUGAUACUGAUAUAUAUCUCUUACUAGAAGCUUACAUACCCCAUCAACACCCACCCUCCAGAAAAAUACCACCAGAAUGCCCCCCACCAUCCCAAACGAGCAAUGGGCCCAAGUAAUCGAGAAAACAGGAGGCUGUAAGUCACCACCUUCCCAAAACAAAACACAACUAACACCUCCCAGCCUGCGAAUACAAAAAGAUCCCCGUCGCCAAACCAGCCGCAGAUGAAGUCCUCAUCAACAUCAAGUUCUCGGGAGUCUGCCAUACCGAUCUACACGCCAUGAACGGGGACUGGCCACUUGACAGGAAACUCCCGUUGGUUGGCGGUCAUGAGGGAGCAGGUGUUGUUGUUUCGCGGGGGGAAUUGGUGGAGGAUGUUGAGGUUGGGGAGCAUGUUGGGGUUAAGGUGAGUUUCUCUCCUUAUUCUCGAAAGGAUUCUUGACAGGAGAGGGAAGAGAGGGGUUAGAGUUUUUGUUGAUAUAAUGAAAAUAGUGGAUCAACGGCACCUGUCUCUCCUGCGACAUGUGUCAACAAUCCGAUGAACCACUCUGUCAAAAAGCCCUGCUAUCAGGGUACACAGUCGACGGCACCUUCCAACAAUACUGCAUCGCAAAAGCCGCACACGUCGCGCGAAUCCCCAAGGAGUGCUCUCUCGAAGCCGUAGCUCCCGUUCUCUGCGCCGGCAUCACCGUCUACAAAGGACUGAAAGAAUCGGGUGCUCGUCCGGGACAGACUGUGGCGAUUGUGGGUGCGGGUGGUGGUUUAGGAUCGUUAGCUUGCCAGUAUGCGAAGGCUAUGGGUUUGGAUAUUAUUGCGAUAGAUGGGGGCGAUGAGAAGAGGGAGAUGACUAGGGAGCUUGGAGCGGGACAUUUCGUGGAUUAUAUGACGAGUAAGGAUUUAGUUGCAGAUGUGAAGGCUGCGACGAAUGAUGGUCUUGGACCCCAUGCGGUGAUUUUAGUAGCUGUGAAUGAGAAACCCUUUCAGCAGGCUGCGGAAUAUGUAAGUCCUCGAUACCCGUAUGAAAAACUGAAAGGAAGUCAAACUAAUGAAUCCAGGUUCGUCCAAGAGGUUCGGUGGUUAUAAUUGGUCUCCCAGCUGGCGCGUAUCUUCGCGCGCCGGUUUUCGAGUCUGUUAUUAAGAUGAUUACUAUCAAGGGUUCGUAUGUUGGUAAUAGACGUGACACCGCGGAGGCUAUUGAGUUCUUCCGACGGGGUCUGAUCAAGGCUCCGUUUAAGACCGUUGGUCUGUCAGAACUUAAUGAUGUAUAUGAGAAGAUGCAUCAAGGAGCUAUUGCUGGACGCUUCGUUGUCGAUACCUCGAGAUAGCUCUACCUUGGUGAAAAAUGCAAUUAAAGUUUUUUGAUAAUGGAGUUUUGAGAGGUGGACGAGA